AAUACGACAAAUGUUUGCAGCGCGCCGGCUAGCGCAACAUCUAACUAAACAAAUACAAUUUUCCGAUGUGCGUCUCGCCUUUCAACGGGCUUUCGUUAACGGCAUGACUGGCUAUCAAGUAAAUGAAGUCAAUGGCGAUCUCUUCUCGGCGCCGAAGACCCAUUCGCUGGCGCAUUGUGUUGGCGCCGAUAUGGUCAUGGGCGCUGGCAUAGCCGUUAAGUUUAAGGAGAUCUAUGGCAAGGUGGACGAGCUGCUGGCCCAGAAGGCACGCGCCGGUGAAGUAGCUGUGCUGAAGGAUGGGGAUCGCUAUAUCUACUAUCUGGUGACUAAGUCGCAGAGCUGGGCCAAGCCCACAUACGAAUCGAUGCAGACAUCGUUGGAGAAGAUGCGUGAACAUAUGCUCAAGAAUGAUAUACAAAAGUUGGCUAUACCACGCAUAGGAUGUGGCAUCGAUGGACUGGAAUGGAAUUUUGUACGCUUUUUGUUGCAAGAAGUCUUUGGCCGCGACGAUGUGGAGAUAACCGUUUACAACUUUGAGCCACCACCGCCGGAGUAAAUGUGUUCCUCCUUUAUAUACUGUUAGUUAUUUAUUUGGUGUUGCCUGCUACAUAAUUAAAUACGAGUAAUUCAA